AUGAAUGACAAACCAGUGCCGCAGCAGCAGCGGAGGAGAAAGGUAGCGAAAACUGAAGUCGCCAAUGGAAGCGGUGGCGGCGAUGGAGGCGAUACGGAGGGGACAGAGACAAAUGGGUUGACAAAGAUUAUUACGUCUUUCUUUUUUGUUGAGGAGCAAGAGAAGUCCGAUAAAUCCCAGGUAGAAGAUAAGAUGAUGUUCGAGGCUAACCAUAAGAAAGAACACGGUGAUGUCUUUGAUACAUCCAACCCGAUUAAAAAGCGUAAGUCUCGAACAGCUAAACCAGCUGCCUCGAUUCCUUCGGAUGCAGCUGCUGCAGUUGACUUUGGGUACGAUUUGAAUCUAGCUACCAGUAGCGGUGGAGUAGCGACGGAGAAAGGUGGCGAUGGCCCACAAAGGAGGCUAUGGGUCAAGAAUCGAUCACAAGAUUGGUGGGAUAAGUACAACAGUUCAGAUGUUUCAGAAGAUGAGUUCCGAAAAGCCUUCCAAAUGGGGAAAGAUACGUUUGAGAUGAUAUGCAAUGAGCUUACAGCUUCUGUUGCCAAAGAGAACACCAUGUUAAGAGACGCAGUUCCUGUAAGGCAAAGAGUUGCUGUCUGUAUAUGGAGAUUAGCAACCGGAGAAUCUUUAAGACUUGUUUCAAAAAGAUUCGGAUUAGGCAUCUCUACAUGUCACAAGCUUGUUCUUGAGGUUUGCUCUGCUAUAAAAGAUGUGUUGAUGCCAAAGUAUCUCCAAUGGCCAAAUGACGACUCCAUGAGAGUAAUCACCAACGAAUUUGAAUCACUUUCAGAUAGAAAGCAAAAAACUUGUUACUCUGUAACAGUUCAAGGUGUUGUGGACCCACGUGGGGUGUUCACAGAUGUGUGUAUCGGGUGGCCUGGAUCGAUGCCAGAUGAUCAAGUGUUGGAAAAAUCCGCACUUUAUCAAAGAGCAAAUGGAGGACUUUUAAAAGGUGUAUGGAUUGUGGGUGGAUCUGGAUACCCUUUAAUGGAUUGGGUCCUCGUACCCUACACACAACCACAUUUAACAUGGACUCAACAUGCUUUUAAUGAGAAGAUCGGUGAUGUUCAGAAGGUAUCUAAGGAUGCUUUUGCAAGAUUGAAAGGUAGGUGGACAUGUUUACAGAAGAGAACAGAAAUGAAGCUUCAAGAUCUACCAGUGGUGCUUGGGGCGUGUUGUGUUUUGCAUAAUAUAUGUGAAAUGAGGAGAGAAGAGAUUGAACCCGAGUUGAUGAUUGAAGUUGUGGAUGAUGAAAUGGUUCCUGAUAUUGCGUUGAGGUCUGCAGUUGCAAUGAAGGCGAGAGACUCAAUGGCACAUAAUCUUUUGCACCACAAUCAUGCUGGAACUUCAUUCUUGUCAUGA